AAAGGAAGAAGAAGAAAGAACUGCUCUGACAUUAAAACUUUGUCUGGCCUUCACUCCUCUCUUUGAUCAUUCAAUACAUCAAACUUCUUCUUUUGAUUCAUAAACCCUUUUUUCACUACAAUCCUUUCGUUUCACGUUUCUUUCAUUGACUAUUCUCUCCUCCCUCAUUUCUCUCUCUCUACUCUUUUGUGUGAUAUUUAUUCAAAGAUGCUUACAUGAAAUUUGGUUCUGCUCUGUGAAUCUUUUUUUAUUCUCGUACUCUAAUCAUGAGUGACUCCACUACCAGCGUCUCUCCUUCCUCUGAUUACGCCUCCAUCUCCUCCGGCGACCAGAGUCUUCAGCGGAGUCGAAGGAGUGGAGAUGGAAACAGAGCCAUUGUGCGUGAGUCUCGCCACUGGCAUGAUGUAUUCUGGUCUGCCAUCUUUGUGAUCCACAUGAUUUGUUUGGGAUUUGUGCUCGUGGUGCUUGGACUCAAUAGGUUUAGAAUAUCAGAUAGGUUAAACAUCGAUAGGUACACUCAAGGUUUCUUGGAGAAUCAUAAAGGGUUGACCGAGGAUUACUGGCCUCUCUAUGCUGUUGCUGGUGGGAUUGGAGUCUUUAUUAGUUGGGUUUGGUCAUUGCUGCUUGGCUCUUACGCCAAUGAGAUGAUGAAAGUUUCUGUUCACAUCUUAACUACCUAUCUAGCUGUAGUUAGUGUACUAUGUUUCUGGUGCAGACAGUUCUUCUGGGGUGGUGCAUUCGCCGUUGGAGCUCUGUUGCAGUUCUUGUAUGUUAUUUCAGUUAUUGACAGACUUCCUUUCACCAUGCUGGUUCUGCGGAAAGCGUUGAAAUUAGUUUGGGGACUUCCUAAGGUGAUAAUGGUGGCGCAUGCUUUCACAGUGGUCAUGCUUCUGUGGAUGUCUCUAUGGUCUUUUGGAGCAGCUGGUGUUGUGGCAUCGAGCAUGGGCGAUGAAGGACGCUGGUGGCUUCUUGUGGUUCUUUCGGUUAGCUUAUUCUGGACAGGCGCUGUGCUGUGUAACACUGUCCACGUAAUAGUUUCUGGGAUGGUGUUUCAUGUUCUCUUUCACUGUGGUCAAGAAGAGUCAUCAUCGUUGCCUCCUAGCUCUUUAAUAGACUCGCUUAGGUACGCCGUGACAACAUCUUUUGGGAGCAUAUGCUACGGAUCACUCUUCACUGCGGCCAUUAGAACACUUCGCUGGGAGAUAAGGGGAUUCCGUUCCAAGAUUUGUGGAAACGAAUGCCUACUUUGCUGCGUUGAUUUCUUGUUUCAUCUAGUUGAAACUCUAGUUCGGUUUUUUAACAAGUAUGCCUAUGUCCAGAUUGCAGUGUAUGGAAAAGGAUUCAACAAAUCAGCGAGAGACGCGNUCUGA